AUGGCAAAACAAACGAAAAUAAAAUUGUUGUUGCUCACGUUCAUUAUGAGUGGUGUGCAUACGUUAAAUAUCCUCGGAGUGUUUCCGUAUCAAGGCAGAAGUCAUUUUUUUGUGUUCCAGCCGUACCUAGAAGAAUUGGCCAGAAGAGGACACAGCGUGACUGUAAUCUCUCAUUUCCCUCAAACCAAAGCGCUUAAGAAUUAUCGUGAUAUAAGCUUAGCAAACACCACAAAAAUAAUGGAAAACGCCUUUUCUGUCGAAAGGUCCUAUAAAUCUUUGAUUGAAGUCAGCUUUUAUUUGAUGAACACUGGCGUGGAAAAUUGCAAAAUAAUGCUUGCCAAUAAGGAGGUACAGGACUUGUGGAAAAAUAAAAUACAUUUUGACGUUGCUGUUGUCGAACAGUUUAACAGUGAUUGUGCAUUAGGGCUCGCUUAUAAAUUAGGAAUACCAGUGGUCGGCACGAACUCCCACGUUCUUAUGCCUUACCAAUACGAAAGAUUCGGCAUACAUUACAAUCCCUCGUAUAUGACAUUCCAAUUCUUGGAAGGCGGAACGAAACCUACACUGUUCCAACGUAUUGAAAGAACAAUAUUCCAUCACUACUAUAAUUUUAUUUUCGAAUACCUCUCUCAAAGAACCAAUCAAAAUACACUGGCGCAAUACUUCGAUGACAUUCCACCUUUAAACGAAUUAGCUCGUGAAAUCAAAAUAAUGCUUUUCUAUCAUAACUUUGUGCUAUCCGGUCCUAAUAUUUUACCUUCAAAUGUAAAAGAAGUCGGGGGCUACCACGUUGCUCAACCCAAGGAACUCCGUCCGGAUGUCAAAAAGUUUAUCGAGGAAUCUGAGCACGGCAUUAUUUAUAUUAGUUUUGGAUCGAUGCUAAAAGCUGCGGCUACUUCAUUAGAUAAAAUCGAGGCUAUAUUGGGUGCUGUCGCUGAAUUACCUCAGAGAGUGAUAUGGAAAUGGGAGGAAGGAACACUACCCGGCAACCCUAAGAAUAUUUUCAUAUCAAACUGGCUUCCUCAAAACGAUAUUUUAGCCCAUCCGAAAGUACUAGCUUUCUAUUCGCAUUGCGGUCAGCUAGGGACCACGGAGGCUAUCUAUCAUGGAGUUCCUGUUGUGGGAAUGCCGGUCUUCGGGGACCAGCCUGCAAAUGCGGCGGCCGUUGAAGAGAGUGGUUUAGGUGUCCAAAUACAAAUCGAAGAUUUGACUAAAGAGAACCUCUUAGGGAAAUUAAGAACCGUUUUGAAUCCAGAGUUUAGAAAAAGGGUGAAAUUUAUAUCGAAAGCGUGGAACGACCGUCCCGUAAAAGCAAUGGAUAGUGCAAUUUUCUGGACAGAGUUCGCAGCCAAAUAUAGUAAUAUUACGUUUCGGAGUAGAUCUGUCGAUGUACCAUUGUACCAAUACUUGGUUCUUGACGUUAUUGCUGUACUCGGCAGCAUAAGCGUCAUUAGCGUAUUCGUUGUAUUCAAAUUAUUAGGUCGGUUAUGUACCAGUAAGAGGGAAAACGAUAAAAAAAAUAAACUGAAAAGAAAGUAA